UAUUUACCAUCAUUUUUUAUACAAUUCUUUGCUAUCGAUAGUUUCGUCCAUCACGAAAACAAAUCAACACACGUGAUUGUCACGGCUUCAAGAAAGUUGAUUUCAAUUUUUCGAAUAAAUUGGCUAAUAUUUUUAAAUUUAUCAUGGCUUCUUCGGGCCUAGAAUUCUCAACAAAAGGCCUCCAGAGUGUCUGUCCAACCGGUAUUGACAGUUUUGAUGAUCUAAUCGGUGGUGGCUUUGCUCUCACUUCAGUGAACAUCAUAGAAGAAGAUCAAUUUCAAAUGUAUAGUUCUAUGUUGGUGAAAGCAUAUCUAUCAUCAGCAAUCUAUGCCGAACAGGAAAUCAUAAUAUUUUCUCCUACACUCAGCCAUGGUAAAUGUCGUUUUAUCCGUGAAUUACCUUCAUUUACAAGAGAUGAUCCAUUAUCAAGCGGUAAUGGUGUGAGUCCAGCCAAAGAUUUCUCCAAAAUGAAAAUUGCCUUCCGAUAUUCAAAUAUUCCAUCACGAUUCGAUGAAAAUAUCGAACAAAAACGUUUUGAUUUUGGCGAAUAUAUCGAUGCCAAUCUGUUAGAAAGCAUGACAAUCAAAUUCUACGACCAUUCAGAAUUGAUAAAAAUAUUGAGGGAAAAAUCUCUUGAGCAAAAAUCAGAUAAAGUAUGUCGAAUAUUCAUCGAUCAAUUAGGUUCACCAAAUAGUUCGAUCGAAAUCAAUCAAUUGCCGCGACUGAUGCAUCAAUUGAAAUCAUUAAUGAGACGUCUAACAAAAUCGGUAUCAAUUAUAACAAUGGUCACUGCAUCCAUUCCACAAUAUGAUCUUAUUGAUGAUCAUUCGAUUCGACAAAAACUUUAUUUUGAAUCAGAUUCGGCCAUACGGUUCACAACUUUCUCAGAUGACGACGAAUCGAAUCCAUAUAGACAGGAUUAUGUGGGUCUUGUACAACUUUUACGUUUACCUCAACUGAAUUCGCUUGCACCAUACAAUCCAAACCUCAUAACCACUGAUUAUGGAUUGAAAUUACAUACAACUAAACGAUUUUUAUCAAUAGAACCAUUAGCAUUGCCACCUGAUUUAGGUGAAACGGUUAAUCGUUUCACAAGUUCCAGUCAAGCGACCGAUAAACUUCACUGUACUAAACAAACUGACUUUUAAAAUUUGUUUAUUUUAUAAUUUUUUUAAUUAAUGAUUCAGUUUUCAAAUAAGAUAUAUAAAAAAUUAAAUCAA